ACGAAAACAAAAUUCACGAAAUAGAGAGAGUAAAAGAAGAAAAAAAUAGAGAGGAUACCUUUUAAUUUUAUAAGGGGAAGAAGGAAGAAAAUGGAGCAGCCUUAUGCGUACGCUUACCCAACAGGGAUGGGACCUUCGGCUCCACAAGGCGGAGGCGUCGCCGGAGUGAUAGUGGAUCAGCGGUUUUGCGCACCGUACCCGGUGGAUCUGGCGAUCGUGCGGAAGAUGAUGAAGUUAACGGAGGGGAACUUCGUGAUAACGGACGUUAACGGAAACCUGUUGUUCAAGGUGAAGGAGCCGGUGUUUGGUCUUCACGACAAGAGGAUCUUAUUGGAUGCUUCUGGAUCUCCGGUCUUGACUUUGAGAGAGAAGAUGGUGAGCAUGCAUGACAGGUGGCAAGUGUAUAGAGGAGGGAGUACGGAGCAGAGAGAUCUGCUGUACACGGUGAAGAGAUCGUCGAUGCUUCAGUUAAAGACGAAACUUGAUGUGUUUUUGAGUCACAAUAAGGAAGAGAAGCGAUGCGAUUUCCGAGUCAAAGGCAGUUGGCUCGAGCGUUCUUGUGUUGUCUACGCCGGCGAUUCUGACGCCGCCAUUGUUGCCCAAAUGCACAAGAAGCACACGGUGCAGAGCGUUUUCUUGGGAAAGGACAAUUUCUCAGUGACUGUUUAUCCCAACGUCGACUAUGCCUUUAUUGCCUCUCUUGUCGUCAUCCUCGACGAUGUUAACCGAGAAGACCGCAACGCCGGCGGCAGCUGAUCCCAUUCCCACCUGUGAGCUCCCUCCUCACCUGACUCCUGCAAUGCAAUGCAAUGCUCUCCUUCCUUUAUUGAGUUUCUUUCUUUUUUUUUUUUUUACCUGUAAAAGUACUCUAAUUAAUGUUGAUACGUUAUUACGUUGCAGUUUGGAAUGUGGCCUUGUUUCUUAAACUUUGUGUGUGUAAAAGAUAAAUCAAAUACAACCGUUUGUCCAACUUCUUUAUAUGGAUUUUUUUUUCCCA